GGUCAUCUGACAGUCUGGGUCGGCCUAGUCUUCCACUAUCGAUUUCGCACUUUGCCUUGGAGCGACAGCAUCGGAGAAACUUGCAUCGCGUACCAAGGCAAAGACAAAUGUCCCGAAUGGUCAGCUGGACAAAAAGGAUGAGGUGGUGGCUAAUGUGGUAUGGCGGUUCCUGGAACUCAGAGGGUUCCUGCUCAACUCUCACACUCACUCGCCACUAGCCCGCGCCAUGUACACAGCAAUUAAACAAGCUCGUCUGAAUGACAAGUUUCAGGAUCCUCUUUAUCUGUUUCUGGAACUCGUGAGGGCUGGGGUAAUGCACGGUCACUUAUGGUCAGGCCGAGCGUUCAGUGGGGGACCCAGUUUCGGUACCGAUGAUGAAAAAUCAUGCAUGCUACUGGUCAUGAGAGUGCUUAGCAUCGUGCCUUUGAAUUUCAAGUCACAACCAUGGUCUGCACCAUUGUCACGUGAAUUGCUUGUGUUCAACUCGUUUGUGCGUUCAUUGACUCGGGCGCUUCGAACGCUGCUUGAGGUGACGACAUUGAACAUGUUACUUCGUUCUGACGCACGACGGGCACGGGAAGAUCUUUUGGACAUUACCAUCUCGCUCCCCUUCCAAUCUGAGGUAAACACAGGAUUCGGAGUGCUUGCCAAGGUGUACCUGGAUGCCCUGACUCACCUGAACAAUCAAACGCGAGUACUGGACCCUAACGCAGAAGGUGUUAAAGAGUCCAAAGCGAUGGCCCUUGAGAUAUGUGAAGACACGUUUCCGGGAGUGAAAAGUCCGAAACAAGAAGUGGAACGAGGAUUCCGGUUCUGGGACAUUGCGCUGACUGCCAUGAGGCAACUUCACUCAGAGGGUGCUGUACUUCGCGAGUUGAUUGACCAGUUUGAAGCAGCAGAGGCGUGGCUUGCGCCGAUGCGGCCAUGAGAUUAUCGAUCAGACGGUCUCUAAGAGAUACAGAGUGAUGUAGCUAGGUUUUGCAAUGCAGAAAAUAUUUUUCGAGAUAGGAGGGAAGCGACCUUGGAAGCGAUCAAUUAGAAUGGCCGUUAGAAAGGGUACAAGGAGCGACGGAGGAGACGAUG